AUGACUGACUGCUCAACGACCGUGGACAGGAAGCUGAAGAACCCGGUUUGGUUGGCCCGAGAGACCUCUUUGCCACUUGGCCAAGAGACCCACUAUCGUUCGAAUUUUAGCUCAGUUUACGACUUUACAUUGCCGCGUUGCACGCCCACCAAAAGUCGAACAGUCACAACUUCUACUUUUCUUCGGGCUUCGAAUGCAUCAAACCUUCAUUCUAGCAACCCUUUGUCUCAAUCUUGUCAGUCUUUCUUGACCAAGCGGGGCGUUGAGCUUGAUAAAAGUCAAUGCCAUUCUCCUGGAAGGGCAUUUGCUUCUGAUGGCCUCAGAGAGACCAUAAAAGAGGGAAAUCAUUCCGGAAAUAGCAGUUUCAAGCUCCAGGCCAGCCACUUUCCUACUAGCCUAAGGCGGCGACUUCGUCGACGAGGCGAUCAAUUCCCUCUAAUACAGACGGAUGUUCCACUUGAUAAUCUAACCAUCUACCGAGUCGAUUACAAAAAUGGUAUGUUUCCGACAACUUUACAAGGAGUCUACGGACCGAUAGUAAAGUCAAUCGGUUUCGACUAG